AUGCAGUCGGUGCAAAAAUGUGAGAGCAAAACUACUGGACAAGAUGUGGUGAAACGAACAAAACGGAAAUAUCGUUGUCGAGUUCGAAGUCCGGAAACCAUCCGACGAACGAAGCAAAUUCGUCGAAGUAAAGCGAAUGCUCGCGAACGCCGUCGGAUGCAUAAUUUAAACGAGGCACUGGAAAAGUUACGACGCACAUUACCACAACUUCCAGAUGAACCGAAGCUGACUAAAAUUGAAACUCUUCGAAUGGCCAACAAUUAUAUUUAUGCCUUAAGGCAGAUCCUCAACGAUGGUCAAGAAGAAGAAGAAGAAGGUGGAACAGUGGCUGCAAGUCAUCUUGGGCAGUCAUUUUAUGUCUCGGUUGAUAACAAGCUGAGUACCCUAAAACGUUGA